GUGAGAUAACAUAUCAGACAUACUGUAAUUAAAGUGUAAUCUCUAAAGUUGUAUAAGAGUGAGAAAGUAUGAGUCUUAAACGUAAGCUUGAAGGUGAGGUUGAGAUCAGAGAAAGUGCUGCAGAUGUCCUCCAUGACAUACUUUCGAGUAAACCUCAUCAUGUUUCCCAUGCAGCCUCUCAUUUUGUUCAAGCUGUUGACUUACAUGAGGGAGACCACGGUAAAGUUGGCUGUACAACUGUUUGGAACUACACUUUAGGUGGGAAGUCUUGCGUAGCAAAGAGUAUACUUGAAGAGAUUGAUGAAGAGAAGAAGUAUGUGAGAUACCGAGUGAUUGAAGGCGAUUUAUUGGAUGAGUAUAAGACUCUUACAGGGGAAUUCCAUGUGAUACCCAAGGAUGAGAAAACCAGCAUAGGGACGUGGACAUUAAAAUAUGAGAAGCAGCAUCCUGGUAUCCCUGAACCAUCUGAAUUGCUUGAUUCCUGGCUUGCUGCUACCAAAGAUUUGGAUGAUCAUCACCAUGGAAUAAAAAAGUGAACGAUGUUUUAAGUCAAUAAGUUCACCAGUUUAUCAGUUUAUUGGAUCCAAAAUAUUGUAUGAAUUAAGUUGGAUAUGUUUUUGUUUGGUUGUUUGCAAACUAAGUACUUCAAACUAAAUAAGGGAUGUAUUUAAUUAUUUACAUUUUUUACUGAUAUGUGGGUCAUUAUGAGUGUACCAGUGUGAAUCGGUCAAUAAAAAAAAAUUACAGUUGUGUAUUUGUAAUAUUUUUAAUCUAUUUUAUAAAAGUAAGGAAAAAGAAGGUUAGGAAGA